AGGCAAAAUAAAAAAAAGCCCAGUACAUAGUCUACGACGUCGUUUGGAACUUAACAAAAGCAAAUCUGCAAUCUCUCUCCUUCGAGAGAGCACAGAGAAAGCUUCUAGGGUUUGUUUUCUUCUUCUGCAACACAGCGAUGGCGGCGAGAAAUGCUCUGCUUCGACACCUUAGAGUCAACGUCAAUCCAUCACUUCUAAACCUAAACAUCGGCGCCAGAGAAUCUGCACUCCCGUUCACCGUACUUCUUCGCCGUUUCUCCGAGGAUGUCAGAGGAUCGUUUCUCGACAAAUCAGAUGUCACAGAUCGCGUUAUCUCUGUCGUCAAAAACUUUCAAAGAGUCGAUCCCGCAAAGGUAACACCAAAAGCCCAUUUCCAAAACGAUCUCGGGUUAGACAGUUUGGACAGUGUGGAAGUUGUGAUGGCAUUGGAGGAAGAAUUUGGGUUUGAGAUCCCUGAUAAUGAAGCAGACAAGAUCCAGUCCGUUGACCUUGCGGUUGACUUUAUUGCUUCUCAUCCUCAGGCUAAGUAAAAGAGAAACAAAUUCUUCGGUGUGAUGCUAUCUUGCUUCGCUGUGUCUACAGAUUUGGUUAGCCCAAUAAGAACAGAAACAAGCAUGUUUUUUUUUGUGCUCUACUUUGGUUUCAUAAGUGUUAGAUGUGUUCCUGCUUGGUCGUUCAAGAAACUUUGUUUUUCUUGACAUCCUUAUUAAAAUACUCGUUAUUGUGAACGAUCCUUUUGAGUAUCGCAGGCUCGUCUCUCAAUAGUCAGACGGAAUGCAAAUACAAUUUCUUUUCUUCGGAGUUAAAUCACAAUUUUCGGGAUGUGACUAAAUAAUGGAACUUUCGAAGCUACAGAUUUAUAUCAUUUUUAAAAAUAAGGGAAAAUGCGUCCCC